AUACACAGAAAUACCCACCUACACACAGUAUUCUCUGACUGUGACGAUCAGAGGACAGAGAGAAGUUAGGUACUCUGGAGAGAAACACCUGGUGAUGUAAUAACAGUCCUGCCCACUGUGUGUGUGUGUGUGUGUGUGUGUGUGUGUGUGUGUGUGUGUGUGCAGUUGGAGGGUCACAGACUUAGCGCUGCUCAGUCUCUCACAGUCUCUGAGCAGAGCGGAAGCACGCGCUCCCCCAUCAGUCUACCGGACAGCGGAGCAGCAUAGCCCACCUAUCCCAACACCUUCACCCCCUCACCACCCAUCUGGCCUCACUGACCCGCUGAAGGACGACAGGGAGAGGGAGUCCUGCGGAGAGCAGCAGCAGAGUCUCGUGCGGAAUUCUUUUUCUUCUUGUCCUCUGUUUUUGUUUAGAAAGUAAAGCAGUGCGCGCACAGAUGAGUCACCGCUGGGGGGUCCACGUCAGUGUGCGGCUCUGCGGGUCUGCAGGGUCUCUGCCCGGUCCGCGUGCCUCGGUCACCUUCUCGACGAUGUGUGGUGGUGACGCGCGCGGAGACGAGUGCGCGUGAGUGACGGGCAGAGCGUGUGUGUGUGUGUGUGUUUGUGUGCGUGAGUCUGUCUCAUGCAGGAUGUCCGCGGAGCUCCGGCUCCAGCUCAGCCGGUCUUCAUGACGCUGCGAGCGGCCUCGUCAUGCGUCUCGUGCCCGCUCCGCGCGCUCAGUCUCUCCGGCUGCUCUUCCUCUUCCUCUUCGUGAUGGGGGUCGCCCCUUCCCCCGCGCUCACGGCCGGAUGUCCGGACCGCUGCGUGUGUGACGACCAGCUGGUGGUCCAGUGCGCGGGGCAGGACCUGCUGCAGUUCCCCGCGGACCUGCCGCUGGCCACGCGGCAACUCAUCCUCUCCAACAACCGGAUCGGUGACCUGCCCGCGCUGCAGCUCAACUACCUGUCCGACUUGGUCUACCUGGAUUGCAGCAACAACUCUCUAAGCGAGAUCUCAGAGUCAACAUUCGGGAACCUGCGGAAGCUGGCUUACCUUGACCUGUCUUUCAACGUGCUGCUGCAGGUCGAGGACCGGACGUUCGGUCCGCUGGCGUCUCUGGUGAUGCUGCGGCUGACGGACAACCCGGGUCUGGCAGAGAUCCAUCCGGACGCCUUCUCGGAGAACCUGGCCCUGCAGGUCCUGGAUGUGAGCCGGAAUAAUCUGACGGUCCUGAACAUCAGCAGCUUGAUCGCUCUGCCCGCGCUGCGCUCCCUGGGACUCAGCGGGAACCCCUGGAGCUGCGACUGCGACACUGAGGACCUGUGUCUGUGGGUCCGUAUAGAGGGCUACAAGUUUCAAGAUGAAGGUCAGACAGUGUGUAGCAGUCCUCCCGAGCUGAUUGGUCAGCGGUUGGCGGAGGUCGGUAUGCAGCUGCGGGCCGACUGUCACCAGGGUCUGGGCUAUUGGGACUACCUGUUCUUCAUCGCCAUUGGCUUUGUCAUCUUUUCGGCGGGCACAGUGUCUGCAUGGGUGAUGGGCGUGCUAAUGGUGCUGUACGAGCGCUACACCAAGAGGAAGAGUGAGGAGCUGGACAGUGACGAUGAAGAGGAGAGAGGAGGGCUGGGAGGAGGAGGGGGAGGGGAGAACCAGGAGAACGGAGAUCUGAACAAACCAAACAUGCAGGUGUGAGGGACUGAUGAACUACAGGAUGAGGACACAAGGACAUUAGGACAUGAGAAAAACACGGACAUAAAGACACAAGGACAUGAGGAUAAAAUGACAAAUGAAAAUGUGGAUACGAGGACAGAAGGAUGUGAGAAAAGACAUGGAGGACAGGGAGACCAAAGGCCUGUCUCUCCCUCUUUGUGAGAGUGAGACAGUUUGUGAAACUCUCACAAUGAAAAGAGCAAUUAAGAUUAUUGACAGCAAUAAGUACACACACAAACACACAAAUACACACACACAUGCUGAAUGUAAUAAUAACUAAUUAACUGUAGUGCUUGUUCAUCAUGAUGGUUCUCUGUGGAGGUCUGAUAACAGUGUGUGUGUGUGUGUGUGUGUGUGUGUGUGUGUGUGUGUGUGUGUGUGUGUGUGUGUGUGUGUGUGUGAGUGUGUGUGUGUGUGUGUGUGUGUGUGUGUGUGUGUGUGUGUGUAAAUGGGAGAAUCUGAUCCUUCUGAUGGUCAGUGAAGGUAUCAUUAGUCAAGGUUUUAUUUUCUAAUGGAUUCAAUAACUAGAUGAUGAUGAUUUGUUCUCACUGUAUACAUAAAGUGUGCUUAAAGAAUUCCACUAGCAGUUUUCAAAGAGCAAAAGAACACCUGUUUUUACCUGCAUUCAUGUACGGGUGUAUUGAGGGGUGUGUCUGUUCACCUUGAUAUCAUUGAAUGUUGCAGUUAUGUUUCAACACUUCUGACCUCAGUCAUCAUAAGUCAGGUUUUUAUCCAGAUGUCGCACAAAUUUUAUAUGAACUAAGAGUAAAUCAGUAAAAACAAAUCGUGAAUUGUUUCAGGUUUCUACAAAGACCCCAAGAGGCAGGGGUGGUAAAUAAUUAAAAAUGUAAUUUCAGGUGUGUGCAGAAAAGUAUCUUCUGAGUAUAGGAAAAAAGUUGUGUACAGAAUUUAUUUUUCUUUAGAUCAAUUGAAAGUGUUGCUUUUACAAAUACAAAUUUUAGUGACUUUAGUGUAACUUGUUAGGUACAGUGACAAGUGUAGACAGGUGGACAAGAGCUCCACAGCUGAAAUAGGACACCAUCAGAAAAAUUCCAGUACUGAUCAUAGCUAACAGGUCAUCAAACUGGACCUGGUACUGAUCCUAGCCAACAGGUCACAGGUGUUCUCAUUGAUGGUCACAGGUGUUGUCAUUGAUGGUCACAGGUGUUCUCAGUGAUGGUCACAGGUGUUCUCAUUGAUGGUCACAGGUGUUGUCAUUGAUGGUCACAGGUGUUCUCAGUGAUGGUCACAGGUGUUCUCAGUGAUGGUCACAGGUGUUCUCAUUGAUGGUCACAGGUGUUCUCAUUGAUGGUCACAGGAGUUCUCAUUGAUGGUCACAGGUGUUCUUAGUGAUGGUCGCAGGUGUUCUCAUUGAUGGUCACAGGUGUUGUCGUUGAUGGUCACAGGUGUUCUCAGUGAUGGUCGCAGGUGUUCUCAGUGAUGGUCACAGGUAUUGUCGUUGAUGGUCACAGGUGUUUUCAGUGAUGGUCACAGGUGUUCUCAUUGAUGGUCACAGGUGUUCUCAGUGAUGGUCACAGGUGUUCUCAGUGAUGGUCACAGGUGUUCUCGUUGAUGGUCACAGGUGUUCUCGUUGAUGGUCACAGGUGUUCUCAUUGAUGAUCACAGGUGUUCUCAUUGAUGAUCAGGUGUUCUCGCUGAUUGUCACAGGUAUUGUCGUUGAUGGUCACAGGUGUUCUCAGUGAUGAUCACAGGUGUUCUCAGUGACGAUCACAGGUGUUCUCAUUGAUGAUCACAGGUGUUCUCAUUGACGAUCACAGGUGUUCUCAUUGAUGAUCACAGGUGUUCUCAGUGAUGAUCACAGGUGUUCUCAUUGAUGGUCACAGGUGUUCUCAUUGAUGAUCACAGGUGUUCUCAUUGAUUUUCACAGGUAUUGUCGUUGAUGGUCACAAGUGUUCUUAGUGAUGGUCACAAGUGAAUAAAGACUGGUGGAUGACUGACAGUCAGAGGGUUAAAACUGUUUCUUUUUGUGACUGUAUCCUGUGUGUGUGUGUGUGUGUGUGUGUGUGUGUGCGUGUG